GGGACUCAUGCUAACAAGGAAAUAUGUUAUGUCAAGAAGGCAGAGACUCAAACAAUAACAAUGAAUAAAAAUAAAGUGAUGAAACAAGCUACACUCAAAAAAUGAAUAUGUAAAUCUGUGAAAAAGAGAACAACUAAACUAUGAUAAAGAUAAAUCUUAUAAAAGACGACUUGCUGUUGUGAUGAUAUAAAAUAAUAAUGAAGCAAAUUCUGAACGAGUUCACAAGCAACACCUCGGGGCAUGGAUGGGGAAUGAUUAAUCAGACCAGUAGCAAAUUUGGAAAGGCAUUAUGGGUAGCGAUUACACUUCUAUCAACCAUAGCUGCUAUCAUUUGGGUAUCGACUAUUAUAGUUCGCUACGUUAAAUAUGAAACAAUAGACAGAGUAGAGGCAAAAGUGGAUGAAGAUAUUAUAUUCCCAUCCGUGACUGUGUGUCCAUUGUAUGGUUUUUCUUCAGAGAAAAGAGGUGAAGCCUUUUCUGAUCCUAAUAGUGAUUUUAAAUCACUGAAGAACUUUAUAAUGUCCUUGUAUGGUAAUGCGGAUGAAUUGGCACAAGUUACUAACGAAACACGUGAAUUUAUUUUAACAAAUACAGUUAGCGAAAUAAAAUCUAAUAGAGGAAGUUAUGAUAACAUGGGCGUGAGUGGAGUUUCCACUCUUGGCCAUGAGUUCAGAGAUUUCAUUCCUCUUUGUUUUUAUCAAGAAAAGGAAUGCGAAGUAGCUGACUUUCAGAUGAUAGUCCAUCAUGAAUACAAAAACUGUUAUACAUUCAAUGGUGGGGAUAUCAAUAUAUCGAAACCAAUAAUUUCAAGUACAGGAGCUCAAAAAGGUCUUUCGCUCACACUUUACUUGGAAAAUUCAGAAUACGCUUUUGUGGGUUAUGAUUCAAAUCGAAUGAUGACAGCUGCAUCAGGAGCUAGGGUGAUUAUUCACGAAAAAGGAACUUUACCUGAUCCUGACAAUGAAGGUUUUGAUGUAGAGCCUGGGCAUUUAAUAAGUGUGGCUCUCUCUGCAAACAAACGGCAGCUUUUAAAACAGCCAUGGGGUGAAUGCGCUGAGCAUAAUACACUACACUCAACUGACUUCAAAUACACAAGAAACACAUGUAAAAUCAAAUGUAUGGAGAAAGUGAUCCAGCGUCAAUGUGGAUGUAGAUAUGAUUUUCUCCCAGUUGAUAUAAAUGCAACAACAGAAUCGGACAUACAACCCUGUGGAAAAUUCAAUAAAGAAGAGUGGCUGAAGACAUCAGGAGCAAACAGUACUAUUCUAAAAGAGGACCUUGAAAGAGUCAAAUGUUCAAAGGAAGAACACCAAUGGACAAUACUCUCUAAGGAUAUCCCAAACUGUGAAUGUGAAUACAACUGUACAUAUGUUGACUACCAAAUGGAGACUUCUCAGUCUGUGUGGCCAACCAGAGGCUCUGAGUUAGAUUUCUAUUGUCAGCUAAAUUAUUUGAAUAUAUCAGGGUCUCUCCUCGAAAGGUUUCAAAACAGCAUUGGUGUUCACUGCACUAAUUAUGGGGAGUAUGUUAAUGUUUCAAAAAACCAUGGCGAUGAAUUGAGAGCCAAUGUUCUCCGUGUAAAUGUUUAUUUCAAAACACUUGAGAUGAAGUACACAAUCCAAGAGGAAGGUUUCUCAUUGGUUUCAAUGAUAUCAGAAAUCGGGGGAGUUCUUGGUAUAUUCAUAGGUGUAUCAAUUAUCACAAUACUCGAGGCUUUUGUCCUAUGCAGUGGCAUAGUACUUGCUAUAAUAAAUAGCAAAAAGGUCUCGAGUGAGAUAAAUGUGAAAGAAUUUAAGUCAACACCAAAACACAAACAUGAGGAAAUGUCAGAUCACAAGACUGAUGACCCAUACUAUGAUCAUUUUGUUUAAAAAAUCAUGAGAUGCAGGGCUCGUUUUCUUUUUGUUUCUCUUUUAUAUGGUAAAUUAUUGAUUUCAUGAAUCGUACAUUGACAAAAAUGGGCAAUCAUUUUAAAUGGGUAUAGGCCAAGCUUUAAGAUUACAAGGUACAUAAUAAAAAAACACAAAAAAAACAUUUUGUUCAUUGUGUCCAGCAAAUGAG